CGACCUGCCGCUCCCCCGCUGGGAGCGCAGUGGAGCCCGGUGUGGGGCACGAGCCUGGCAGCGCCGCAGGCUCCGCCCUGCUCCGCCCCGCCCCGCCUGGGCUCUGGGGAAAGGCCGCUGCGGGGACAUGUGCCCCCCUCAGCGAGGGCAGGAGAAAGGCAGCCGGGCAGCCAGGUGACCCCGCGACGGCUUGUUGGGGUGGGCGCUGGGCCGAGAGAACGAAAUGUCAUCAGUGGAGUCACAGCAGGAACAAUUGUCCCAGUCAGAUCCAUCCCCGUCACCAAACUCAUGUAGUUCCUUUGAGCUACUAGACAUGGAUCCUGGCAGUUUGUACGAACCAGUUUCUCCUCAUUGGUUUUAUUGUAAAAUAGUAGAUUCUAAGGAGACGUGGAUUCCUUUUAACUCUCAGGAUUCACAGCAGCUGGAAGAGGCCUAUGGUUCUGGAAAAGAUUGCAAUGGGAGAGUUGUCCCCACUGAUGGGGGCAGAUACGAUGUGCAUUUGGGGGAGAGGAUGCGGUACGCUGUAUACUGGGAUGAGCUAGCUUCAGAAGUGAGACGAUGUACCUGGUUUUACAAGGGAGACAAAGAUAAUAAGUAUGUUCCCUACUCUGAGAGCUUCAGCCAAGAAUUAGAGGAAGCUUACAUGCUUGCUGUAACUCUGGAUGAGUGGAAAAAGAAACUGGAGUCUCCUAACAGAGAAAUUAUUAUAUUACACAAUCCAAAGCUUAUGGUGCAUUACCAGCCAGUUGCAGGAUCUGAUGAAUGGGGUUCAACACCCACUGAACAGGGUCGACCAAGAACAGUGAAGAGAGGGGUUGAGAACAUCUCUGUUGACAUUCAUUGUGGAGAACCUUUACAAAUAGAUCACUUGGUUUUUGUAGUCCAUGGGAUUGGACCAGCUUGUGAUCUCCGCUUUCGAAGCAUUGUACAAUGUGUUAAUGAUUUUCGCAGUGUUUCCUUGAACCUACUACAGACACAUUUUAAGAAAGCCCAAGAAAAUCAGCAGAUCGGGAGGGUAGAAUUUCUUCCAGUCAACUGGCAUAGUCCUUUGCAUUCUACUGGUGUGGAUGUAGAUCUGCAGCGAAUAACUCUGCCCAGCAUUAACCGCCUAAGGCACUUCACCAAUGACACAAUUCUGGAUGUCUUCUUCUACAAUAGCCCCACCUACUGUCAGACUAUUGUGGACACAGUUGCUUCUGAAAUGAACCGAAUAUAUACGCUUUUUCUGCAGAGGAACCCUGAUUUCAAAGGGGGUGUAUCCAUUGCUGGUCAUAGUUUAGGUUCGCUUAUAUUGUUUGAUAUCCUAACAAAUCAGAAAGAUUCUUUGGGGGAUAUUGACAGUGAAAAGGACACACCAGGUAUUGCCGUGGAUCAAGGAGACACACUGACACUAGAGGAAGAUUUGGAGAAACUUCAGCUCUCUGAAUUCCUUAGUAUCUUUGAGAAGGAGAAAGUAGAUAAGGAAGCUCUGGCUUUAUGUACCGACAAAGAUCUUCAGGAAAUGGGAAUUCCCCUAGGACCAAGAAAGAAGAUAUUAAACUACUUCAGGACCAGGAAACAUUCAGUGGGUAUUAAUAAACCAACCGUGAAGCCAGCUUCAGGGGUGAACGUAUCUAACAUCCCCAGAGAAUUGGAAUUUUGCAAUAAAACGAACGCUGCUGGAAAUGGUGACUAUCUGGAUGUUGGCAUUGGGCAGGUGUCUGUAAAAUACCCCCGGCUCAUCUACAAACCAGAAAUAUUCUUUGCCUUUGGCUCGCCCAUUGGAAUGUUCCUUACUGUCCGAGGACUAAAAAGGAUUGAUCCUGACUAUAAAUUUCCAACAUGCAAAGGUUUCUUCAAUAUUUAUCACCCUUUUGAUCCUGUGGCCUAUAGGAUUGAACCGAUGGUAGUCCCAGGAGUGGAAUUUGAACCAAUGCUGAUACCACAUCAUAAAGGCAGGAAGCGGAUGCACUUAGAACUGAGAGAAGGCUUGACCAGGAUGAGUAUGGACCUUAAGAACAACUUGCUGUGUUCACUGCGGAUGGCCUGGAAGUCUUUUACCAGAGCUCCAUACCCUGCCUUACAAGCUUCAGAAACUACAGAAGAAACAGAAGCAGAAUCGGAAUCAAGUUCAGAGAAGCUAAGUGAUGUUAACACAGAAGAGACGCCUGUGGCAGUUAAAGAAGAAGUCCCACCCAUCAAUGUGGGAAUGCUGAACGGAGGCCAGCGCAUUGACUAUGUGCUACAGGAGAAGCCCAUUGAAAGUUUUAAUGAAUAUUUAUUUGCUUUACAAAGCCAUCUAUGCUACUGGGAGUCUGAAGAUACAGUAUUACUGGUCCUCAAAGAAAUCUACCGAACCCAGGGCGUCUUCCUUGAUCAGCCUUUACAGUAAAAAUCGACUAUGUAUGGCUACUUAAUCUGUGACUGCAUCGUGACCUCUUUCCACUCUUCCUAGACGGACACUGAAGGAUCCUUCCCCAGAAAAUCCACCUGCUUGUUGCCGCGGUUUUCCUCUCCUCAGCCACGCCGUUUCCUGCAUGUUGCCUGCCACUUACUACUGGGGUCUUUGGAAGAUAAUCCUUUUUGGAAAUGAAUGGAAAAGCAAAGGGCAGACCCUGUUGCUUUUUACCACUGGCUUCAUAUAAGCACUUGCCAUUCUUCAGAGUAGGGCCUGUUUGCAUCUUUAAUUCUUCAGUGACAGGUGUACCCUUUAUUGCUUAUUCCUUGAGAGGGUAGAAAGUCUGUUUUGAGUUUGAAUCAUUUUGGCUUGGAUAGACAUUUUCUUAGGUUAUCGCUUAUCUUUAGAAAAUGCUCUGGUUUGGAAACAGGCUCUGGAGAUUCAGAAGGCAUUUUGGGGUAUGUGGUCUCAUGGAUGGUGUCUGCACUGGAAGGCUCCAUGGGGGUGUAAAAGACUUGAGCAAAUUCUUUGGAGUCCACUUUCCUUUCCUACAAGUACCGUGUAAAGGACCAAAAUGUAGCUUAGAGUUACUGUUAAGUGUCCAUAGCCGACAGUGGGUCAGAGGACUCAUUGAUGCUGUUCUUUGUUUUCACAGCUGUUGGCGUGCUCUCAGACACUAAAGUGGACAGCUUAGCUCUCACUAGGUGCAUCUUUAUAAAGCAAAGAUGUUAUGUAUCCUAGACAAGUCCUUUUAUACCAUGUUUCAAAUUAGGAGAUUGUAGAUGAAAUCUGACUUAGUUUUCAGAUAGUAAGUAGCUUCUUUCUUAAGUUGAGGGCAAAGUCAUAAAGGCUGAUGGACCUGGAAGCAUACAGCCUUGACAGGCUGUUUUGGUAAUAAAUAUCUUUCAGGAGUACAUUUACAGUGAAGUAGAAUUUGUGACAGGCAGCCACCAUAUCCACUUGGGUGAAGGUAGUAUUGUGCGUCCUCUCUGAAAGCAUUUUGUAAACGCCAUUGCCUUCCUAGGAACCCAGCAUCCAGAACGUGUAUGAGAAGCCUCGUGGCACAGGCAGUGCUGGUUGGGCAGGUGGGUGUGGCCAGAGGGAAACGUUUAUUAUUCUGAAAGAAAAACCUGUGCCGGUAGGGGCCAAGGAACAGCUCUUGCAGUCAGCGUCAGAACACGCAAAGUGAGAGGUGCCUGGAGGAUGACCUUUUCCAGGUACCUGCCCACCGCUGCGCUGUCUUGUCUUUCUCAGUGGUCACAGUUUGUCUUUGCAGUUUUCUUUGCGAUAGUCCUUUACGCUCCUCACCGAUUUCCAUAGGCCUCUGUUUAUAGAGUGGCACAGGCAGGCUCUCUGUGCUUUGUUUUCUUAUAAAAGUUUUUUUUGCAAAUGUAUCAUGGUAUCCAUUGCAUCGGCCUGUGACAUUCACUUAAGCCUUCCCUUCAAGUGCAACAGUCCUUGCCCCUUUCCAGAGAGAAAGAGGAAAAGGAAGUUAAUCACUGUCACCCUAGAGAUGGUAGAGGUGAGGCUGCAGUACGGGGUCAGUGCCGGGCCUUCCCUUGUCCAUCUGCUUACAGCCUAAUGCUGACUGACCGAGCCGCUCAGAAGCAUCAGGUGUAUGGAAUACUUUUCUCUAUAAACUGACUCUGAAGUAAGGGUUCUUGAGAGUUAUGUAGCUUUAAUUAUAUUUUAGAGGGGACGUUUUUGUCACAUUGUCUUCAAAUUUAAAUUUAUUCUUCAUAUUAGCAGAAUAGAUACUAUUUAAGAGUAAACCAAAGGACAAGUAAGGAGGAGUCCCUGUAACCAAAGAUGAC